CCGCCCAUAUCUAUCCCGGCCGUGCUGAUCCGGGCGUCGUUAACCCAGCCACGUUCGAGCGCGCCAUGGAGGGCACCGGUGCGGCGGCGAGCGGGGCGCCUGGAGCGAGGGCGGAUGAUGGUGGCGGUGCCGAGAGGCCGGUGGCCAAGGCGCUCAAGGUCGUGGCGGCCGUGGACGCGAGCGAGGAGAGCCUGCACGCGCGGUCGUGGGCGCUGGACAACAUCGUGCGGUGCCACCCGGACGCGGCGCUCGUCGUCGUCCACGCUCAGCACGCCGUCGACCACUUCGUCUACCCCGUCGCCGCGCACGGCCUCGCGUACGCGCCGCCCAUGGCGGUGGAGUCCAUGCGGAAGCAGCAGGAGGAGAACUCCCGGCAGAUCCUGGCGCGCGCCCUGGACCUGUGCAGGGAGCGGCAGGUGGAGGCCACGGCGGCCGUCGUGGAGGGCGACGCCAAGGAGGCCAUCUGCCAGGCCGUCGAGAGGAUGCAGGCCGGGCUCCUCGUCCUCGGCAGCCGGGGCCUCGGCAAGAUCAAGAGGGCGUUCUUGGGCAGCGUGAGCGACUACCUCAGCCAUCACGCCUGCUGCCCGGUGCUGGUCGUCAAGCCGACCAAAGCGCAGGCCAAGUGAACUCCGGCCGGCGAUGCCUGUCAAGUACUACUACUAGUAUUGGUAGCUGUACUGUGAGCCGUCGAUAAGUGU